AUGGACCCGGUGUUGAUUGCCGCCGUCGAAAGGCACGGCGAAGCGGCUGGAGGCACUGGGCCACCAUGUCGAGGAGGCCGUGCCGGAUUACGACGCCGAAGCGACGGGCAAGGCGUUCGGCACGGUGAUGUGCGCCAACACCUUCACCAACAUCCAGGUCCGCGCCAACGGUCGCGUGCCCGGGCCGGACGAUCUCGAGCCGGUGACGCGACUCUACGCGGAGCAGGGCGCCAGGAUCGGCGCUCACGACUACAUCCGCGCCGUACAGACCUUCCAUCGCGCCGGCCGGCAGCUGGGCUCUUUCUUCGAGACGUUCGACAUCCUCCUGUCGCCGACCAUCGCGCGCCCGUCGCUGCCGCUCGGCGCGGUGCGCAUGGACGGCACGCUGGAGACGUACGAGGAGGGGCUGGCGCCGAUGGUGGCGUUCACCGCCGUGUGCAACGCGACCGGCGUCCCGGCCAUGUCGGUGCCGCUCGAAUGGACCGAAGACGGUCUGCCCAUCGGCAUGCAUUUCGUCGCGCGCUACGGCGCCGAGGCCACCCUGUUGUCAUUGGCCGCGCAGCUCGAAGGGGCGCAUCCGUGGCGCGAUCGGCGGCCUUCCGGAGAGAAGCGACAUGA